AUGGCCUCCGCCUUCUCCCCAUCCCUCGCUCCUCGUAGUAGCGCGUGCGACUGCUGCGAGUGUGGUGUGGUGGUGGGCACGGAAGGCUCGCAGCGCGGAGGUCUCCUUCUGCCCUGUCAGCACGUUCUGCACAUGGGAUGCGUCGAAUUCAUUCGGCGCCGGGGCAAGGUCUUGAUGGGUAUGGAUAGCACCGAUCUACCUCUCGAUGAAGAGGAAGGCAGCCGUGUGAGUGGGGGCGGCGCGGACAAGAUCGGCGUGGCGCUCAGCAGUCGCGGUAGCAGCGCAUGGGCAAGUCGCACACACGGCUGCUGCGUCUGCCCGGCGUGCUUCACGCAGAUCACGCGCAUUAUUCCGCUGUACCUGCGCAGCACAAACGACGAUGUAGGGGCCGACUCGACAGUCACAGUGCCGACACCGUCUCACGUCACUACGGGAGCCUCAGCAACCGCCGAGGCCGAGUACAGGCGUGUGCACGCGGCCCAGAAGCAAGUGCUGCACCGCCUGCGCAGCCUCUGCGACCAGCGCCGACGUGUGACGGAGCUGACUCAUGCGUGCGCGAACCUGCACGAGCAGCGCGCAAGGUGCCUCGCGGAGGUGGAGAGGGAGGAGCGCUGCUUUCCCGGUCUAACGCACAGCGGCGGCCUCGUCGACGGCGAGGCGCGCGUCGAAUCGUCGAGCGCCGUGGUCUCGAGCACCGCUGCUUCUCCUGCCUUGGAGCACAUGGGCAUGACGGAGCUGGAGCUCUACAUGGCUCAGGCUACACCGCAGCUGCUGCGCACGCAGGCCGAGCUGCGCAAAGAGCGGCAGAUGGUCGAGCGGCGCACCAAGAGGCUGAACGCUUUGCGCGUGCACUAUCGCUCCAUGAGGGAGCGGCGCGCCCGUGACGAAGUCAUCGCGCAGAGGGAGGCCCACGCGCGUCGCAACACUGCCGACGCAGCGCGACACUCCACCCCCGUGCCGUCGGAAACGCUGCGGAGAGCCCCCUUGCAUGCCAGCGAAGGGGCACCGCGCAUUCAGGAGCCAGGUGUGUGCAGUAGCAGCGGCGUCGCCAGUGGCCCUGGAGCCGCCGCUGCUCCAAGCCGCAAGCGCCACCGCGGUGACGCUGCGAUCGAUGUGGAUGACGAGGUCUCACCGGAUGUGGUGGAGGUGCUCUCUGGUGAUGGGAGCGAUGCCGACGACAGCGGCUCUCCCACGGACGUGACGGUGCUCGACGUGGACGAGAACACCGGGUCUGACGCCAGUGACAAGGACGGAAGCAUGGGGUUAGACGUGGCGCCGAUGGCCGACGACGGCACCUACGCUGAUGAGAGCGCGUACGAGGCACCGUACCUCGUACCCUGCUACGUGCGGCCCGCCACCACCUCGUCGUCGUCCUCCGUGGGGUCGAAAGCGCCAACGCCAGCGGUCACGCAGCAUCAUCUCCGUCUCCUCCCUCGCCGCGAAGACCGGCUAUGGCAGCCCAGCUUGCAGUUUUGA